CCAUAGAGAGAAUUGGUGGGCGGCGGUUUGCCCAAUGUCCCCGGCCCACGCAGCAGCAGCUACCGUGGCGGCUGCGACCAGCGAGGGCAACCACCUCGUCGACGUCUCGACGACGACGACCAUUCCGGCGCCCUCCACGCACAGAACGGCAUGGCGACCUCUCCAGCUUAUCCUCCCCCUGGAUCCGGUGAGGGUUUCUCCAAACCGCCCGCUACAGGAGGUUUUUGAACCUUGAUCCACUUCAAUCUCCAAGCAACAGUCUAAAUUUAGCUUCAAAUUUUGGGUUACCUGUAUCUUUUUUUCUUUCAUGAAAUGGAAUUAUUUCCAAGCUUGUGGUGGCGUCUGUAUUGGGUUUCUUUCUCCAAGUUAUAUUAAGUUUGGCUUCCAAAGAAGAACUUAUAUUUGCUUUACUACAAAAAAAUCAUCGGAAAAGGGCUCUUCUGUUGUACACCGAUUUAUUUAUUUGAUGCAUGUAUAUAAAUUGCUCUCUAAUGCAUUAUAAAGCAAAUAGCAAUUGAUGUUUACAAUGAUCAGAUCCUUGUUCAAGUGGCCAUUGGUCAGACCUCCCAGUUGAUCUCCUUCACCGCAUCUUGCAUAGCCUUGAGCUCCCAGAAGCCCUUGCUGUAGCCGAUGUCUGCAAGUCAUGGUGCUGUGCUGCCAUAGCUGCAGGUGUUCCUCGUUCUUGCACACCAUGGCUAAUGUCCUGGUCUGACAAGCCUCCACAUGAACUGGAAUAUGAUGUCUUGCUCAACAAUUGCAAAUGGCAGUGCCCUAUGGGAUGUGAAUUCCACGACCUUGUCAAUGGCCACAAGACUUAUGAGGUUAAUUUGCCACAAGUGGCUUGGGUUGGUGCAUCUCAUGGUUGGCUUGCUGCUGCUGAUAAUCUCUCUAAUCUUUUGCUUUACAACCCAUUUACCUUUACCACAAUCCCUCUUCCGCCGAUCACUGAUCUAGGGUGUGUGGAGGCAGUCUAUGACAGUGAAGGAAGCAUUGUGAGAUAUCGCCUUGGAAAGCACAAGGAAAGUGAUGCAAAAUUCCUUGGUGUCUGGUUCUACUAGAAGCUUGUGCUGUCAUGUGCUCCUUCUCUAGGUGGUGACUAUGUCGUGAUGAUCAUCCACAGCUCUGCUAAUCGGGUCUCGUUUGCAAGUGCAAUAGAAGGUCGCUGGCGAUUGGCUUCAACUAUAACCCAAGGUAGCGGCGACCGAUACGCUGAUUGCGUCUACCACAAAGGCAGGUUCUACACCCUGACUAUGUAUGGCGUUCUUGAGAUGUUGGAUCUUGAUAAUCCAUGUGAACCAAGAAAGGAGAUUUUUUUCACCGAAAGGAACACGGAAAACCCUUUAGUUUUCCUCAGAUUCCUAGUGUCAACACCAUGGGGUGAUCUUUUGCAAAUAAAGUUUUCUCGACGUGUUCAUCGUACUAAAAGACUUGAGCUACGGCUAUGCAAGAUUGAGGUUGAAAAUAACAGAUUGGUAAGAUUAAGAUCUGCGGUUGCAGCAGCAGCCCUUCGGGAGCAUGCGAUAUUUGUUGGACAAAAUCAUUCGGUGUGUUUGCCCAUCAGGGAUUUUCCAGAGCUUAGGUCCAGCUGUGUCUACUUCACAACACCUUGCUUGUGUAACGAUGAUCAUUUUCCUUCUAGGCGGGAAGGUUGGAAAGGUGUAGGGAUUUACGACUUGCAAAAUCAGAUAUUUGAGGAUGUUUUCCCUUCUUGUGAGCGUGGGUAUUCGACCUAUCUCCCUAUUUCUGAAGUUUGGAUCACCCCCAGCCCCGGCCUUUGAAAGAGUACCACAUAGCCUUUUAGAAGUUUGCUGGAAGCGUGGAACGGAUCAUUGCUGCCGUGUGCUUACAUUGACUUGUACUUAACUUAUCAAUGUUAUUGUUAUAUAUAUUGUUUUGCCGCCUUUUAGAAGUUCGCUGGAAGCCUGGAACAGAUCAUUGUCGUGUGCUUACAAUGACUUGUACUGAACUUAUCAAUGUUAUAAGCAUCCGAGUGUUGUAGCCCA